AAAAAAAAGUACUUCACAAUAUACAAAUAUAUUUUGUUUCUCGUUGUAAAAAAAAAAGUCAACAUUGUUCUCAAUGUCGUUGUUCGCUGAUCGUUAAGACCAUUGACACAAUGUAGUCGUCUGCACUCAUUAGAAUGCAUUCCACAGUCCAUUCAAUGAGCUCAUUCUUUUUUGUGAUCAUGUUUGUGCGAUGCAACAUUUUAGGUUUUUUUUAUGUUCUUACCAUUGACACGUAAAAAAAGAUGUCCUUCUGCACACUUGAAUUAUAGCACAACUCUAACUUCGUUGAAGAUUGUCUCCCUAUGCAUGGUUGGCUAUUAUAUUUAUGUACUUAAACUUUUUUAUUUUUAUUUUUAUUGCAGCCUACAGCAUCCAACAGAGUAGCAUUUGUUUCGUCUGCCUACUAGUCAAACCUCUAUCCACACCCUCUCCUCCGAUUAUCACGUUUUCACAACUAGGGUCAAGAAGAGGAAAGUAAAUGGACAAGAUAAGAUAUUACCGACCUCGCGGCCAGCCGAAGGACGACAACAGUGAUAGCGAUGUAGAUCUCAGUGAAGUAAUUUAUUCGCUAGAAAUAGUGCAGCAACCACAACGGGCUAGAAUGUGCGGAUUUGGUGAUAAGGACCGUCGUAACAUAACACCAGCGCCAGUAUUGAAGCUGAUAGCCAAGACAGCAGAUGGAAAACUCGUUCCUACCAGUAAUCUGAGUCGGCAGGCUUUUGUUGUCAAUGCUGAUCUCUGGUUGGAGGAUGAGGUCACAGAAAGAAACCUCGUCUUGAUCUCGUCCAUUUCUAACAGGCCUUCAAAUAGAUCUGUCUCUUCCAAACCAACAGAUCUUUCAGAGAACUGGGAUGACCAUUCGGCCUUUUCUGGGAGUAAGAUGCAACUGCAUUUACCACAGAACCAGUUAGAGACAUCCCAUUUAUCAAGUACGCUUAAAAAUAGGCCAAUCCAAUCAUCACAUGAUGAAAACAUAUCCAACCAUGGUAACCGCUGGAGAAGCACACAAGAUGAUCAUACAACUGACCAAGGACAACAGCGCUCGGCAAAGGAGGCAGAGCAAAUGACGAAUGAGCACUAUCCAGAGGAAAAGAUCGAGUGGGAGGCACAUUCGGCUCAGAAUCUGGUGGGCCAAACGACUGUGGGAGGGCAGACGGCCCCAGACUUGGAUGACAAGACGUCAUAUAUAUGGUUCGCGUUCAGUAUGCUUUCUAUCCGAACUGAAGGUGUAUUUAAGCUGCGAUUUUCAUUGUUUGAUUUAAUGCAAAGGAAAGGGACCGCAACACCUGUUAUGUAUCGCAUAUUUUCUGACCCAAUCCAUGUCCAGUCGCCAAAAAAAUUCAUUGGUACUUGUGAUAACAACGAAAUUGCAAACCACUUGAACAAAUAUUCAAUAAGGAUUCCUUCCCGCAAGGACGAAAAACAUUAAAUACGAUUAUAUCUAAUCACUACUAUCCCUUAAACCGUCAACCUGGCAAAUUUGCCAUUAUAAAUGGGCUUAAAAUCCAGCAAUUCAUGGGCAUUGUCUUGAAAUUUUAUUUCGAUGUCGAAAUAAAUGACCGAAAACUAAACUGUCAUGGAGCUAUCCUGGCUUCUUUAUUUGUGCCAAUAAAAAAACUCUUGAAGGCUUUCGCAUGACACUAGCAUCCUCUUAGGGGGCCCAUUGUGUUGUUUAUUUAUUAACUGGUGUAAUAGAAGUGAUAAUAUUCGCCAUAGUAUCGACU